AUGGAGAAUGACGAUAAACACUCCGCUGUGGAGGCGGCGGGUGGGGAUGAUGAAGUAUACAGAACGUCUUUGCGUGGUCUGGAGUGUCCUCCGUAUGACGCUGUGGCUUUGGAAAGACUUCAGAUACCCCUAGAGCAUCUCCCCCGGAAAAAGGCCACGAGUGUGGCUGCGAAGUACAACAGACGUGCGCAUAAUUGUCUAUCGAAUGGUGUGUGGCACCGUGUGCGGGCAGAAGAUCACCGUCAAAUACUUCAUGGCAUUGUACGACUUGGACGAAUUGAACGUAACUCGUUUGUUUUUGAUUGGGGUAGCGGGUGCGGACACAGUAUGCAGGUGAUGUACGACGAUUACGGUGUGACAAGUGUGGGUAUUGAUGUGGCGAAUGCAACCAUACUUUACGCGCGGAGGCUCACAUCUAAAGAACUUCUUCAUUGUGUUGCGGACGGGACGAAUAUCACAUGGAUUACGUCGAACUUCUUUGACCAUGCUAUUAGUUUCGGUUCGGUGCUGCAUGUUUAUAAUCAAACUCUUUUCUGCAAUGUGCUACGGCAAAUGGUGCGUGUAGUAAAGCCAUCGGGAACAGUAUAUAACGGCUGGAGCGAUGAAAAUGAUUUCAAGAGAGAGCACGUGCCCUUGUGCCUGUCAGAUCUCCCGGUGAAGUACGAAAUUGUGGAGGAAAGAAAGGCCUUUUCAAACGUUCAAAUAUUCCCUCUCAAAGCACGGCAGACCACACCCAAUACAUACUCACUCGUGAUAACAAAGGGCUCACAGAAGGAGGUGAAUGCGGUGCCUGACGAGGUUUUCAAUGACGUGGACGCCGUGCCAUUCCGGUGCCACGGCCCCAAAGGGAGGGACUGCAGCGCAUUUAAUCGAAGAGGGAACGCUGUUGCGGAUGUGCAGGGCGAGGACCGCAGAGCCCACAAUCGCGUCGAAUGGCCGUUGUGUCCGCCAUACGACCCGUCGUUUGAAUUGCGCCAAAUACCGUUAGAGCACUUACCCCGCAAGAAGCCCACUAGCGUUGCAGAGAAGUACGACCGUCGCGCCCACAAUUGUCAAAAGGAUGGCAUCUGGCAUCGUGUCACCAUUGAGGAUCACAAGGCCAUCCUUCUUGUUAUCGCAAAUUUGUUGAAGGUAAAGAAGGGCGACCGUCUGCUCGAUUGGGGAAGCGGUUGUGGACAUCACUUGCAAUUUAUGAACACCUUCUUCGGUGCCGUCGGCCUUGGGAUCGACAUCAGCAACAAGACUACAGAGUACGCCCGAGAUAUGACAUCAAAGCAGAACCACUACUGUGCCGCCGAUGGAACUCAACUGAACUGGCUGCCUUCAAAUUAUUUUGAUCAUGCAUAUAGCUUCGGCUCCAUCUACCACGUUUACAACGUGACACUCUUCUGCAGUGUGCUGCAGCAGCUAACGCGUGUGGUGAGACCUGGAGGGAAAAUUUACAAUGGGUGGACAGAGGAGUCAGAGUUCCCACGCGGGAAUGUGGAGCCAUGUGUUUCUAAAGUUUACCCGUUGAGCUGCCUGCUGGUGGAGAUUAUUGAAGAGGCGAAUCUGUUCAGGCACGUGAAGUUGUUUCCUCUGAAGGCGCGCCAACAUAAACCUAACACGUAUUCGCUUCUUAUACAUAAGCUUCCAACCUGCAAAGACGUGUGA